AUACAUACACUUUAUUGCCAAAAGUAUUGGGCCCACCCUCCAUAUCAUGUGAUUCAGGUGUUCCAAUCCCCUCCAUGGACACAGGUGUAUACAAUCAAGCCCCUAGGCAUGCAGACUGCUUCUACAAACAUUGGUGAAAGAAUGGGUCGCUCUCAGGAGCUCAGUGACUCCAAGCGUGGUCCCGUGAUAGGUGGCCACCUUGGGCAAUAAGUCCAUCCGGGACAUUUCCUGGCUACUAAAUAUUCCACGCUCAACUGUUAGUGGGAUUAUAACAAAGUGGAAGCAACUGGGAACAACAGCCACUCAGCCACCAAGUGGUAGGCCACGUCACAUGACAGGGUGGGGUCAGCGCAUGCUGAAGCGCACAGUGCGCAGAAGUCGCCAACUGCCUGCAGAGUCAAUAGCUAAAGACCUCCAAACUUGGUGUGGCCUUCAGAUGAGCCCAACAACAGUGUGUAGAGAGCUUCAUGGAAUGGGUUUCCAUGGCCGAGCAGCUGCAUCCAAGCCUUACAUCACCAAGUGCAAUGCAAAGGGUCGGAUGCCGUGGUGUAAAGCACGCCACCACUGGAUUCUAGUGCAGGGGAGACGUGUUCUCUGGAGUGACCAAUCACGCUCCUCUGUCUGGCAAUGCAUGGACGUGUCUGGGUUUGGUGGUUGCCAGAAGAACAGUACUUGCCUGACUGCAUUGUGCCAAGUGUAAAGU